GCUCCGAAGGCGGGCUCCGGUGGAGAGGAGAGGGGGAGGGCCAGCCUAGGAGACAGGGCGGGGCAAUCUAGGUUCUGAACAGGCGACACAGAGGCUCCCGGGAAACCGGAAGUUAAGAUCUUAUCCAAUUCGGGGUCUUCGGCUUCCAAAGAUUUUUCCGUCUCGGCUCCUUAUCCGGCCCUGGAACUCCCUGCGUCCCGCGCUUCCAUCCUGGAGUCAAGGCCAGAAAAGAUGGAGGAGCUUCACCAGAUGGACUCACUGGGGCUACUUUGCUGCCUCUACAGGGAUCCUGGAGCCGCAGGGAUGGCCUUUGAGAGGGACAGACUCCCAGCCCAGAUGACGUUCAAGGAUGUGGCUGUGGAGUUCACUCAGGAGGAGUGGCGCCUCUUGUCCCCUCCCCAGAAGGAGCUAUACAAGGAGGUGAUGCUGGAGAAUGUCCAGAACUUGUAUUGUGUGGGGCUUCCAGCUCCCCCAGAAGACAUGAUCUCUUAUAUGGAGCAGAGGGAUUCCUCUUGGAUGCUGGAGCAAGAAGUUCUGAGGAGCUGCUGCCCAGAAGGAAAGAUUAGACCUGAAAUGAAGACAAAUCCAACAGAGAUGAACCUUCCUGUGGAUGAAAUGGACCUACAAAGAUUCAUGAGUGAUGUUCCUGAUAACUUUUCUUUCAAAGAAUUCUUUGUUCCACCUCCAGAUUUAUCUCAUAUCAAACAUCAAAGGAUGCAUGCUGAGGAAAAAUCUCGUGAAAGUAAUCAAAGGGGAAAGACUUUUAUGUACAGGUCCAAUCUUACUGGACAUCAAAGGAUCCACACUGGUGAGAAAUCUUAUGAAUGCAUGCAUUGUGGAAAGACAUUCAGUCAGAGAGGCCAACUUGCUGUACAUCAGAGAGUGCACACUGGGGAGAAACCUUAUGAAUGCAAGCAAUGUGGAAAGACAUUCAGUCAGAGACACCAUCUUGUUGUACAUGAGAGAAUGCACACUGGGGAGAAACCUUAUGAAUGCAAGAAGUGUAGAAAGACAUUCACUCGUAAUGCCCAUCUUGCUGUACAUCAGAGAAUGCACACUGGGGAGAAUCCUUAUGAAUGCAAGAAGUGUGGAAAGACAUUCAGUCAGACAUCUAGUCUUGCUGGACACGAGAGAAUACACACAGGGGAGAAACCUUAUGAAUGCAAGAAGUGUGGAAAGGCAUUCAGUCAGAGCUCCCAUCUUGCUGUACAUCAGAAAAUCCACACUGGUGAGAAACCUUAUGAAUGCAUGCAAUGCGGAAAGACAUUCAGUCGGAGACACCAUCUUGCUGUACAUGAGAGAGUGCACACUGGGGAGAAACCUUAUGAAUGCAUGCAGUGUGGAAAGACAUUCCCUCGUAAUUCCCAUCUUGCUGUACAUCAGAGAAUGCAUACUGGGGAGAAACCUUAUGAAUGCAAGAAGUGUGGAAAUACAUUUAGUCGGAGAGACUAUCUUUCUGUGCAUCAGAGAAUGCACACUGGAGAGAAACCUUAUGAAUGCAAGAAGUGUGGAAAGACAUUUAGUCAGAGCUCCCAUCUUACUGUACAUCAGAGAAUCCACACUGGUGAAAAACCUUAUGAAUGCAUGCAGUGUGGAAAUUCAUUCAGUUGGAGAGGCCAACUUGUUGUACAUCAGAGAAUGCACACGGGGGAGAAACCUUAAGAAUACAAGCUUUGCAGAAAGAUAUUUACAUGUAGCUCCAGUCUUGCUAUUUUAUGAAGGGAAUUUAACUUUCACCUGUCUGGGGAAACAUACCUGGCAUGAACCUGGACUUGACUCAGGGGCAAGAAUAAACUAGAAACCUUCCUAAUAUGAAGAGGACUGAAUGAAACAUGCCCAUGACCACCACUGUUUUAAAUUUUUUAAGAAAGUUGCUAGCUGGAGUAAUGAGAGGAGAAAUGAAGGGAUCAGAAUAGGCAUUGAGGACCCAAAACUAUCUCUUUUCCCAGGCAGCAUUUAGUAUAUGUGGAGAAUUAGACAAAUAGUUAUAAAAACAAUUAGCAACUUGAUCAAAGUUGUAGGAUGAUAAAAGGAAACCACAGAAUUCCUCUGUACUACCAGUCAAACAGGGGAGAUAUGGAAAUGGGAAUUCCAUUGAAAAUUACUAUAUACAAUAUGAAAACCACCUGGGAGUCCUCUACCAAGAUAACAGAACUUUAUCUGCUACCCUAGAAUUUUCUGUAGACUUUAUAUUAAUCUAUCAUUCUUCAUUGGUAAAGGCUAGAGGGAGAGAAAAAAAGAUAACAUGACAAUCUGGCUGGGUCUAAUUUAAAAUUGAUUCCACACCUCAGCUGCAUUGGGCUCCAGCAUCUGAGCACAACAGAAGGCAGUGGGAGCCGAUCAUUCAUUGCUCCAGAGAAGGGAGAGGGAGCAUUUAGAUGAAAUUAGCCCAGUUUUUGAAAUCAGCCUCAGACAUUUCCCAGUCUGAUGAUCUUUGAUAAACUGCAUAAUCUCUUUGAACCUCUUCCAAUUUCUGUAAGAGGGAGAGGAUAAAAACAGGGUUUUGUGGGGGUUAUAUAGGGUCAUACACAUGCAGUGAUUUCCAAAUCCAGAUCCUUCUCCAGGGAUGUCUAUGCUCUGGCAGUGUCAGGGUAAAAUAGCUUGGUUAUUCUAGUUAAUAAAUGUACUUGACUAGGAGUCAGUAGCUGAGGGAUAAUGGGAAAUUUUUGAUUAAUUGUUUAAAGUAUUGUUAUCUAAAAAUUGCUACUUUAUUAAUUAAAGAGUCAUUGUGUGACUGGA